AUGCCACGAGAAUACGCCCCCGCCCACAGAAAACGCAAAUCCCACGAUAUCUCCGACGAUGCAGAUGCUGCUGCAGCGCCCGGAGCCGGAGCAGGCCCGCGCAAGAAAAUCCUCCUCCCCAAGAAAGAACACAAAUACCCGUCUGUCAACGAGCUCAAGAAACGUAUCCGGGAUGUGAAGCGUCUACUCAACAAGGCGGAUUUGCCGGCCGAUGCGCGCAUCGUGCAGGAGCGCGCGUUGUCCGGGUAUGAGAAGGAAUUGGAGGAUGAGUUGAAGAGGAGGGAUCGGUCGAAGAUGAUUAAGAAGUAUCAUUUUGUUAGGUUUUUGGACCGCAAAACCGCAACCAAAGACGUGAACCGGCUGGUGCGCCGCGAAAAGGAAGUCUCGAGUGCCGGACCCGAUGCCAUGGAUACCAAGACCAAGGAGAAGAAACUUGCUUCGUUGGCGGAGAAGCUCCGAGUCGCUCGCGUGAACUUGAACUAUACUAUUUACUAUCCAUUGGAUGAGAAGUAUAUCGCCUUGUACGCGGAGCAGAAGAAGAAGGUUAAGGGAGACGGUGCGGAGGAUGGUGGUGAUGGCGCUGACUCGGACGGUGAUGCACGGUUUGGAAUGGUGCAUGCGACGGUUGCCGAUAAGCCGGCGAUGUGGCAUGUGGUGGAGAAGUGUAUGAAGGAUGGGACGUUGGAUAUGUUGAGGGAUGGAAAGCUGGAGUCUGGGGCGAAGGCUGGGGAGAAGGAUCGGAAGAAGGAGGAGAGAAGUCAGAGGGCCGGUGAUAAGGCGAAGAAGAGCCAAGAGCGUGGGGUGUCGUCGUCGCAGGCUGGAAAGAGCAGGGACAGGUCCAGGAAGGUGGAUGAUAGGAAGAGGUCUAGGGGCCCUGCUGAAGAUCAUGUCAUGCGGGAUGCAGGCAAUGAUGACGGCGAUGAGAGUGAUGGCGGUUUCUUUGAGAUGUGA